AUGAACUCUUCCUCAGAUGCGAACCAAAGCGUCUCUUCACCGUUCUGCCUGCUGGGCGCCGCCGGCUACUCGCGCAGCCUGGACACCUGCGUGCUGGAGGUGGCGGUCAUCCUCUUCCUCACCACGCUCAUCAUCGCCGGCAACCUGGUGGUGAUCUUCGUGUUCCACUGCGCGCCGCUGCUGCACCACCACACCACCGGGCACUUCAUCCAGACCAUGGCGUACGCCGACCUGCUGGUGGGCGUGAGCUGCCUGGUGCCCUCGCUAUCCCUGCUGCGCUUCCUGCGCGGCCUGAACGAGGAGCUCACCUGCAAAGCAUUCGGCUACAUGGUGUCGGUGCUGAAGAGCGUCUCCAUGGCGUCGCUGGCGUGCAUCAGCGUGGACCGCUACAUCGCCAUCACCCGGCCGCUGUCGUACGCUACUCUGGUGACGCCGUGCCGCCUGAGGGCGUGCAUCGUCCUCGUCUGGGCGUACUCGGCGCUCGUCUUCCUGCCGUCCUUCUUGGGCUGGGGGAAGCCGGGUUACCACGGCGACACGUUCCGGUGGUGCGCCGAGUCCUGGACGACCAGCCCGGGGUUCAGCGCCUUCAUCGUGGCGCUGCUCUACGCGCCGGCGGCGCUCACCGUCUGCUUCACCUACGGGAGCAUCUUCCGGAUCUGCCGGCAGCACACGCGGGAGAUCACGCGGCGUCACGCCCGCUUCAGCUCGCAGGCGGAGGGCGGCGGCGGCGGUGACAAGAGCGAGAAGAGUGUGCGCUGCCCGGACCAACGCUAUGCAGUGCUGUUCCGCAUAACCAGCGUCUUCUACGUGCUGUGGACGUACAUCCUAUACUUUCUCCUGGAGAGCGCCGGGCUGUACCGCCACAAGGUGGUCUUCUUCACCACGUGGCUUGGCGAUCAGGCAAACAGUUUCUGCAACUGCCUCAUCUACAGCCUCUCCAACAGCGUCUUCCGGAAAGGUCUCGGCCGCCUCUUCCGCCCGCUGCUGCCCGCCUGCCUCGGCUGCAUGGACGCCAAAAAGGCCCGGAGCCUCGCCGGCCCGCGUGAGGACCACUGA